AAGCAACUCUCUUGAUCGAAGCAACGCGGAUGAGAACUCUGAUUCGAAGGCAGGACUAUAUGAGCAGGAGCGGCGAGUCAAAGUCAGGAAAAGUCAAUCAUAUUUAUAGGUAGUUAAGUGUCGUGUAGGGUACUAAGGUUUUCAACUCCAAAUCGCCUUGCCUUCUCAGAGCCUAAUAAAAUAGGCAAUUAAUUUAAUUACGAUUUGGUCCGGUCCUUAGCUUGAUUUUACAGUUUCGGUCUGGACCGAACCAAAACCAAAAAAUAUUCCAAAUUCAGUAACCAAAGUCGAAUCGAAAGAUAAAUAGUUCGAUCCGAUUUGGUAUGAAAGUCGAUUCGGUCCAAUAUGAAUCGAAUCGUUGCCUACCCCUACUCGUAUCUCUCACGUCUCAACAAAAACUAAUAAAGCAAAAAAAAUAAAAAUAAAAACAAAUAGGAAGAAAGGAGAAAAAUACGGAUGAGGGGAAGAAGAAGAAGGCCAGGGAAAGAAGGAACUUGAGAGCCUUCAAAUUAAUCGGAUCAAUCCGAGAGCAUCACGGCCAUUCCUCUUUCUUGGUCCCCAAUUCACCCUAAACCCUAAUUUUCUUUUCGGAGGAUAUUAUCGCUCAAUUCGCUUCGCUUCCGUACUUCAAUUCUCCAGUUCAGCUGCUGCGGUUCAGUGUUCCCCGAGCUCAAGAGUCGUCGGACGGGGGAAAACCCAUGGAGACGCACUACAGUCACAUCCCGUUCGACAGACGCCCGAUCGUAACUUCCAAGACUCCCGCCGUUAAAUGGUUCAGGGAAUGGGUGCCACAGGAUGUUGUAGCUACAGGUGGAAAGUGUUCGGUUUUAAGAUGGGUAACAGAGAGCCAAUCAAAGGCCUUAAAAGAGAAAGCGAAAGAUCCACCAACGCCAGAGCCAGAGCCAGAACCUACGACUGAAGUUCUGUUCCUUUGCAGUUUUGAUGGAUGUGGGAAAACCUUCAUAGAUGCCGGUGCUUUGAGAAAGCAUUCUCACAUCCAUGGGGAACGCCAGUAUGUUUGUCACUGGGAGGGUUGUGGCAAGAAGUUUAUUGAUAGUUCAAAGUUGAAAAGGCACAACUUGAUUCAUACUGGGGAGAGAAACUUUGUGUGUCCACAUGAAGAUUGUGGAAAGGCCUUCUCCUUGGACUUCAACCUGAGGUCACAUAUGAAAACACAUUCACAAGAAAACUAUCAUAUAUGCCCAUACCCAGAAUGCGGGAAGAGAUAUGCCCAUGACUACAAGCUACGGAACCACAUUCAAUCCCAACACGAAAAGGUCGGUUACAUGUCGUCUCAAAGUGAAAAGAAUGCAACACCACCUGUCGAGAUAGUGAGGUACGCAACACCACCAGAGAGACCAACCGUCAAAGCUCCAAAGCCACCUUCAUCAGCUCCUCCCUCCACAACACCCGCAUCUACGGCCUCUGCAUCAGUGGACCGCCCUUUCGGCUGCCCUUCCGAGGCAUGCAGAAAGGCUUACAUCCACGAGUACAAGUUGAAGCUCCAUCUCAGAAACCAUCCAGACCACAACGUCGAGGAGACCACCGACAUUAACACCAUCAUGCCACGUCGCCAUCACGCUGUGGAUAACAAUGAAUCGGACGAGGGCAGCGAUCAAGACGGUAGUGGUUAUGGUGCCCUCAAGCGUGCGGUGAAUGGCCGGAAGAAAUCACAGAGUAGCAGGGCGAAGCCGAGCUUGAAGAUGCCUCCGGCGAAGAUGGCGCAACGCAGCAAAGGGUCAAGCCCAUUGGCACAUAGCUUGAACGUGGCGAAGAAGCCAUGGCCCACGGUGACGGUGGGAUCCAAGGGAGGAGAGGUUUAUGGUGGGGAGGAAGAUAGUGAAGAGACGGAGGAGGAGGAUAGGGAGAGUGGAGAUGAUGGGUGGAGAUAUAGGGAUGAUAAUGAUGAGGAGGAUGAAGAGACUGAAUAUGAAGAUUGAACAAAAUGACUUACACUAGUGAGAGGGUUCCUUAGGCCAUUUUUUGUUGUGGAUUUGAGCAUGGUUUCUCAUGUCUUUUCUUUUUUUCUUCUUAUGGUAGGAAUAUUUCUUGUUUUCGUCGAUUCUUCUCUCAAUGUUGGGAUAUAUAAAUGGAGAAAAUAGGAGAUUGGAAUUCUCUUUUUACCAAAUGACUUCAUUGGAGGGUGGCAUGUUGGUUAAAAGCUAGGGCCGACCAGGCUUCGUUUGUAGAUAUUAGGGGGUCUUGGAGAUUAGAGAAUGGGAUUUGGAGAAUGAGAUUUAGGGCGUGAAUUCGUAGAUUUUAUAGAAAGUUAUGUUUUUUCGUUGCUUUUUGUAUUGUGGAAUUUAGUUUUAGAGAUUUCAAAUCUUUAAAAUCUACGGAUAUCAAAUCUCUCAUAAUCAGAGAAAUUCUGUAUCUUGAUUCGUUAUAUUUUUUUCUCUUAUUUUUUCUCUUUCUUUUAUUUAUUUAUUAUAUUAAAUAUAUUUAUCAACAAAAAUUUUAAUAUUUUUCGAACCACUUUAAUUUUUUUUAUUAAGGACAAACAUGUUAUUUAAUAUACAAUUUUUUUUUUCAUUGAAUGUUAACAAUCACAGUUACCAAACAAUAAACAUUUUAAAAUCUU